AUGGCUCCACAUGCAACUUUAUUCUCAUCACUUCCCUAUGAAAUAUUCCAACAUAUUUUAUCGUUUGGAGCUGAUAGCGAAUUGAAAAAUCCAUCAAGUAGAAAUUCAGAUAUCCGAAUGGUUGCCAAAUUUCAAUCAAUUAAUAAGAAAAUUUCGAAUAUGAAGGAAAUGCAAGAUUAUUUCAAUGCCUUUUGGUGGAAAGUAUUCGAAAAGAAUUUUGGAAUUGGUCAAUUAUUUGGAAAUGAUUUGGAGAAACUUCGAUUACGAAUGAUUAAACGAGACGAAAUGAAGAGGAAAAUUUUAUUAGCAAGUUAUAUCAAAUUUAAACUUUACAAACGACCAAAAUAUGAUCCUAAUGCACAACAACAACAAGAGGAAGUUAAAAUAAUAGUGCUUGGGGAAGGAGGAGUGGGAAAAUCUGCAAUAACCAUUUUCUUUAUUCAGCAUAUUUUUAUUACUGAAUACGAUCCGACAAUUGAGGAUACAUACAGAAAGUAUUUUAGGGUUGAUGAAGAGCCAGCCAUGGUAGAAAUUCUCGAUACUGCAGGACCUGAGGAGUUUUCUACAUGGAGAGAUCAAUAUAUGAGAGUUGGAGAUGCAUUUGUAAUUGUAUGUUCUUCAAGUGAUGAAAACUCUGUAUCAGAUAUGCGUAGACACGUAGAGAACAUGUUACGUUGCAAAGAUGUUGAAGUUAAUGAUAGGCCUGUGGUGUUUGUUUUAAACAAGAUGGAUUUAUUGGUUAGUGCCAAUAGAAAUGAAACAAUUGAUCGUUUUAGACAAGAAGUUAAUUCAAUUGUUUCAGAUAAUUCAUUAUUGAACUAUUCCAUUAUUGAAUGUAGCGCCAAAAAUGGAGAAAACAUCGAUGCCAUAUUUGAGGAAACUGUUAGAAAGCAAAGACUUGGUGGAAUUGAUAAUCUUACUUUAUUGAAAGGAUGCAUUGAACAAGACAUCUCAUACAUUGAGGAAUGUAAAAAGAGGGUACAAGUCAAAAAGAAGAAAUGCUCAAUAAUGUAA